AUGGCAACCACCAAUGACUUUCCCGCCGGCGAUGUCAACAGUUAUGACUACAUCAUCGUGGGAGGUGGCACAGCAGGCUGUGUCAUUGCUAGCCGUCUAGCCGAGUACUUGCCCAACAAGCGCAUCCUGGUGAUUGAGGGCGGUCCCAGUGAUUUCAUGGAUGACCGCGUGCUCAACCUGCGUGAGUGGUUGAGUCUGUUGGGAGGCGAGUUGGACUAUGACUACGGUACAACUGAACAACCAAUGGGCAACAGUCAUAUCCGUCACUCUCGUGCUAAGGUGCUGGGUGGUUGCUCCAGCCACAACACCUUGAUCUCUUUCCGUCCUUUCGAAUACGAUUGCAAGAGAUGGGAACAGGCCGGCUGCACAGGCUGGUCCUUCGAGACCUUCACCCGCGUCCUUGACAAUUUGCGCAACACCGUUCAGCCUGUUCACAGCCGUCACCGUAAUCAACUGUGCAAGGACUGGGUUCAGGCUUGCUCCAGCGCAAUGAACAUCCCCAUCAUCUCCGAUUUCAACAAGGAAAUUCGCUCCAAGGGUGAAUUGACUGAGGGCGUUGGCUUCUUCUCCGUCUCUUACAACCCUGACGACGGCCGCCGUAGCAGCGCCAGUGUCGCUUAUAUCCACCCCAUUCUCCGUGGUGAAGAGAAGCGUCCGAAUCUGACCAUCUUGACUAAUGCUUGGGUGUCACGUGUCAACGUCGAGGGUGACACUGUCACUGGUGUUGAUGUCACGCUGCAGUCUGGCACUAAACACACCCUGCGGGCUAAGAAGGAGACGAUUCUCUGCGCAGGGGCUGUUGAUACUGCUCGCUUGAUGUUGCUCUCUGGUCUGGGUCCGCGUGAGCAGCUGAGCUCUCUUGGCAUCCAGGUUGUCAAGGACAUCCCUGGUGUCGGCGAGAAUCUCCUGGAUCACCCCGAGAGUAUAAUCAUCUGGGAGCUCAACCGUCCUGUGCCUCCCAACCAGACUACCAUGGACUCUGAUGCCGGGAUUUUCCUACGUCGCGAGCUUCCCAAUGCACAUGGUUUUGAUGGCCGCGCCGCCGAUAUCAUGAUGCACUGCUAUCAGAUCCCUUUCUGCUUGAACACCACUCGUUUGGGCUAUGACACACCGGUAGAUGCGUUCUGCAUGACCCCUAACAUCCCUCGCCCCCGCUCCCGUGGUCGUCUCUUUUUGACCUCUGCUGAUCCCAGCGUCAAGCCCGCCCUGGAUUUCCGGUACUUCACCGACCCGGAGGGCUACGAUGCUGCCACUAUUGUCGCUGGCUUCAAGGCGGCCCGCGAGAUCGCUCAGCAGUCGCCCUUCAAGGAGUGGAUUAAACGCGAAGUGGCUCCUGGUCCCAAGGUCCAGACGGACGAAGAACUCUCAGAGUACGGCCGUCGCGUAGCGCACACUGUGUACCACCCGGCUGGAACCACCAAAAUGGGUAACUUGGCCCGUGACCCUAUGGCCGUCGUUAACCCUCAAUUGAAGGUGCGGGGCCUCAAGAAUGUACGUAUCGCGGACGCGGGUGUCUUCCCAGAGAUGCCUACCAUCAACCCCAUGUUGACCGUGCUGGCCAUCGGUGAGCGUGCGGCUGAACUGAUCGCGGAAGAGGCCGGCUGGAAACGCGAGCAGCCUCGUCUGUGA